AUGACUUCACAGCAAGAAAUAGCGCAGAAACAAGCGUCCCAGAUGCGAAAGGGCGAUUGUCAAAUAGCGAUAAUUGGGGACGAAGAUUCUGUGACUGGAUUCCUCUUAGCUGGGAUUGGGUCUGUCGAUCGUCUGAAGCACUCAAACUUUUUCAUUGUCGACAACAAAACUCAACACGACAAACUCGUCUCGACUUUCACUGACUUUGUAAACAGAACGGACAUCGCUAUCGUCUUAAUCACACAAAGCAUAGCGGACACUAUCAGAGAUAUCCUUGAUGGGUAUGAUAGAUACCUUCCCGUCAUUAUGGAGAUCCCUUCCAAGGACCACCAAUACGAUCCCAACACAGAUAGUGUGAUGAUGAGAUUAAAAAGAAUGACAGGAAGAGACUAA